AUGGUGGUGAUUGAGGAGAGGGAACACAAUGAAAAAACAAACAGCAGUAUAUGUGUUGGGCCUUAUAAGGUUGUUUGUGGGGACUAUACUAACAUAAUGCUGAAGCUCUCCGUGUCGCCCAUGCUCUCCCUGUUCAACAUACGGCGCGUCGCAAACACCCCUUGCCUCUCCUCCUCGGGCGAGAACGGCACUUGCUUCAACGCUAGGGAGUGCAAGAGACUCGGCGGCGUCACCUCGGGCAGCUGCAAGACUGGCGGGAACUGCUGCGUAUUUCAGGUCUCUUGCGGCGGCCUGGUGACCCAAAACUGCACUUACUUCGUCAAUGAAAACUAUCCCAAGCCCUUUGAUGGCGUGGGCUCAUGUCAGCUGACUGUCAACAAGGUCAACCCCUCCGUGUGCCAGCUCAGGUUGGACUUCGACUCCCUAGUUCUAUCAGGGCCAGAGACGACGGACAACCGCUGCCUCAACGACCGCUUCACCGUGUCAGGCGGCAGCUCCACCCCCAUCAUCUGUGGCACCAGCACCGGCAACCACAUGUACGUGGAUCUGGGGCGCACGAGCAACACCCAGGCCGUGCUCACCGUCAUCACCAUGGGGCCCGCCUUUGAGCGCAGCUGGAAGGUGAAGGUGUCCCAGAUUCCCUGCAACACUGACUACACGGCUCCCAACGGAUGCCUGCAGUACUACCAGGGUGUGACGGGCCAGAUUAAGACUUACAACUACGACGUGAGCACCGGACUGCAGCUUUCCAAUCAAGACUACACCUCCUGCGUGCGUACCGAGAGGAAUUUCUGCGGCAUUCAAUACACUGCUUGUGCGGAUACCGUAAACGUCGAUCCCGAGUCCUUCAGUCUGACGGGCAGCACGACAACGCAAGUGGGGGCCGUGGUGGGGCAAGCAAACUGCCCCAACGACUGGCUCAUCAUUCCCUGCCUGUCUGACUCCUCCGUCGACCCCACUGCUAACUGCGUGGACAGAAUUUGCGGUGACGCCUUUAAUGUGCGAGAAGGAGUCACCGUUGGAGACGCCGUGUUGUACAGUUUCGUGAAGCCGUUUACGUUGGUCUAUCACACUGAUGAUACCGAGGGCAACGCUGCCGUUCUGGAAUCGGGGAACCGAGGCUACUGUCUCAACUACGUGCAACAGCCGUGUGUGUGAGGCAGCGGAGAGCAUCGCGGUUGAAAUACUGUUGAUCUUCCUUUGCCCGCCUCUUCUUUUUUAUCUCACUGGUCUGUAUUCUUAGACGGUAAAGGCUAUCGCUGGGACUAUUUUGCAAAGGCUACAGAGUACAGACAUGGUCGAUCGGAUUUUUUUUUUUUUCUCCUCACUAGCCCGUACCUUUUUAAAUGGAAAAGGCUUUCAUUAUAACUAUCUUCAAAGGCUAGACAUAAC